CUACAGCAAGGCAAAAUGCGAGGACUUUAUGUGGUUUUCCUCAUUUUCAUCUUUGUCUGCUGCAUCAGGGCUAAGAAGAUGCGAUGGUGCACAGUGUCGGAUCCUGAGCAGAGGAAGUGUGCAGAACUAGCCAAAGCUCUGGUGGCGGUGCUGCCACCAGCUGCCGUGGCUGCUUUUGCCAGACUCUCCUGCAUACGAGCGUCCAGCACGGCCGACUGCAUCGAUAGAAUCAAGGCUAAUCGCGCCGAUAUAGUGACUUUGGAUGCAGGAGAAGUUUAUUCUGCCGUGAAGCAGUUCGACCUUGUUGCCAUCGCCAAGGAGAUAUACAGUGACGGAGGCUGUAUUCUGUCUGUGGCUGUGGUGAGAAACAGCAGCUUGGACAUACGAUCCCUGCAGGGCCUCAAGAGCUGUCACAGCGGGGUUCGAUGGACGGCAGGAUGGAGUCUUCCGCUCGGCUUCCUGCUGUCCAGGAACUACCUGAGCUGGUCAAAGGAGCAGCCGCUAAGUCAGGAUGUUAGUACCUUUUUCAGUGCCAGCUGUGUUCCUGGAGCUGCUGCCAUGGCGCCUCCUCUGUGCAGCCUGUGCCAAGGCCAGAAGUCGUACAUCCGCCAGAAGAAUUACCACUGCGAAACGUCCCACAGCGAGCCCUUCUACAACAGCCAGGGAGCCCUCAGAUGUCUCAGGAGGGGGGCAGGAGAUGUGGCAUUCGUGGACCAUUUGGCCCUUGAGAGCAUCGAUGAGAGCGAGCGGGAUGAGUUCAGGUUACUGUGUACCGACGGCACACAAGCUCCUCUCAGCCACUACAGACACUGUAACCUGGGACGUGGUCCAGGAGGGGGAAUGGUCACCAGACCCAAUUUCCGCAAAGUCGUUCGCAAAUUUCUAAUGACUGUGCAGAUGCUGUUUGGGCAACAAGGAAGAGAAAGGCAGCGCUUCCAGCUCUUCAACUCAUCAGCUUUUGGGGAGAACGACCUUCUCUUCAAAGACGUCACAGAGAAACUGGCCAUCCUGGCAGACGACAUGGAUGUCAGUCAGGUGUUAGGGCUGGAUUACGUUGCUCUGCUCAAAGGCCUCGGCCAUGAAGGAAGCUCGUUGGAGGACAGCGUUGUGCGAUGGUGCUGCAUCAGCCACGCAGAGCAGAAGAAGUGUGAGCAGUGGGCUCUCAGCAUCAAGUCCGACCCGCUGGUGUGCGUCCGAGCUGUAUCGAUGCGCGACUGUAUCGAGAAAAUUAAGAGGGACGAGGUGGACGCCGUCUCACUGGAUGCGACUCACUCGUUCAUCGCAGGGAAAUGUGGCCUCGUCCCUGUUGUGACAGAAUAUUAUGGAGGAAAAUGUGUUCCUGCUGCAGGAUCAGCUCACUUGGAGGCCGAUGUCUUGCCGCCGGUAGCAGCUGUAGCGGUGGCCAAGCGCUCCAGCAGGAACAUUUUCAUCGGGAACCUCGGAAGCCGGCGCUCGUGUCACGGCCACAUGUACAGCCCUGCAGGCUGGCUGCUGCCGGUCAGACACCAGCUGAGCCUGGAGCACAACAGCAGCUCAGACUGUGAUCCAAACCAAGUGUACAAUGAGGUGUUUUGGAAAGGCUGCCUUCCUGGCUCUCAGGGGAAUCUGUGCAAAGUGUGCAUGGGAGGCACCGGGGAGGCCGCGACCAAACGCUGCGCUGACAACCACAAUGAGCGUUACUAUGGCAACAUGGGGGCGUUAAGGUGCCUGGUUGGAGAUCCCAGCGGUAAAAGCUACGGCGACGUGGCCUUCAUCGAGCAGCACAACCUUCACGCCAACAUCCUCAGUCUGAGCUCCGCCGGCUGGGCAGACGGUUGGACAUCGUCGGACUUCGAGCUGCUGUGUGGUGACGGCCGUCGCGCCCCGUUGUCAGAGUGGGAGAGCUGUAAUCUGGGAGUCAUCCCACCAAACACCAUCAUGACGCGGCCGGUUCUCACGUCACGAGUGUACGACUUCCUGAUGAAGUCACAGGAAACUUUGGCAGCCAACCCAAACUCAGAGUUCAGCCUCUUUGAGUCUCAUCAGUACGGAGAAAGUGAUCUGCUGUUUAAAGAUGCGACGCAGUGUUUCGUCCACACAAGCCACAUGGACUACCGCUCCAUCCUGGGAGAGGAGUUUUACACUCACGUAGAAGCUGUCUUCAACUGCACGCACUCUGAUAUCUUGGAGUUUUGUAAUCAGGACGUGUGCAGCAUAUUCUAAUGGGAAAGAAAACUAUCUUUACUCUUCAUCCACAUAUUUGCUCUGUCCAUAUCUGAUGACUGCAAACCCUCACUGGCAUUAAGGUGUUUAUGCAAAAGCUGUGCUGAAAGACUACACGGCACCUGCUUUAGUGCAUUUUAUCAACAACGAGGCUAAGAUGACGCCCAGCACUGCAUCACACAAAGAUCACCGCAACUCUGCUUAAAUAUGGAUGUAAAAUCAGCGUGUGUAGAAUCUAAACAUAUAAUCGUGUAUAAAUGUCUUUAGGUUUUGACUUAAUUCUGUGCACAGGAACCAGCUGUAUCACAUUUAUUUAAUAAACAUUAAAAUGAAAGUUA